GCCGGCACCGAACCCCGGCGGCUCCGACAUGGCCUCCUCCUCCCUCCCGCUCCUCCUCCUCCUCGCCGCCCUCCCAGGGCUGCGGGCGGCCGUGAGCCUCGUCGAGUCCGGCGGCGACCUCAAGGCCCCGGGGGAGUCCCUGCGGCUCCUCUGCCGCGGCUCCGGCUUCACCUUCGGCGACUACGGAAUGUUCUGGGCGCGCCAGGGCCCCGGGAAGGGGCUGGAGUGGGUCGCCGGGAUCCACGGCAGCAGUGGCGGCACCUUCUACGCGCCGUCGGUGCGGGGCCGGUUCAGCGUGGCCAGGGACGACGGGCAGAGCUCGGUGACGCUGCAGAUGAACGACCUCAGGGGGGAGGAUUCCGCCACCUAUUUCUGCGCCAAAGCUGCUCACGGCGGCGCCGGGGACGGGGGAGGGCGGGCAAAAACCCCUGGGGGGUGGGCUCGGUGGUAUCGACGCCUGGGGCAGCGGCACCGUCGUCACCGUCUCCUCCGCCUCCCCGAGCGCCCCCGCCGUGUUCCCGCUGUCCCCUGCUCCACCCCCUCCCUGUUCUCCGUGGGCUGCGUCGCCGUCGGCUUCUUCCCGCCCUCGCCGCUCCGCUGGGCCUGGAGCGACCGGGACAACCGCAGCGUGGGCGUGGCCGGGGUGGGCGUGGCCUCCUCCUUCCCCGCCCUCCGCGAUCCCGGCCUGGGCUUCGUGGCCUCCUCCCGCCUCGGCCUCCCCCUGGAAGAGGGGAAAGCCCGGAAGCCGUUUUGGUGCCGGGCGGAGCAUCCCCGGGGGAUCCGGAGCGUCCAGGUGUCCAACCCCG